UUCGCGGACAAACGCAAGGCUAUUUUUGGUAUUUCGCAAAAAAUUUCCUUCGUAUCCUCUGUUUUUAUAGAGAAAAAAACACUUCUACCACUCUCUGUAUUUCUGGUGUACUCUGGUUGGUAAACAGCUUUUGCGCACAAGGGGCUUGCGUUCUCGCAGUUGGUGGAGUCGGGACAGUCUGUACAGGGUCUGGUGUACUCUGCUUGUUUUUUUUUUUCGCUAAUUCUCUCUGUCUGCAUCAUUUGGUGGUGUGUCUAUUGGUUUCAACGCUUUCUAUAGCCGCUUCUCAGAUCCGCCUGUUUUCCCGAAAAUUUCGAUAGAUUUUGUUGUCCCGGGUGAAUGAAGCUGAGUUAUUCCUUGGCAAGGAGCGUAAGAAGUUCCAAGUACCUCUGUGCGUCAGUUUUGAUUGUUCUCAUUAAAGGAUUUUAUCCUAGAAAUGUUGUUAGAUAUUCUGCGUAUUAAGGGGGCCCAUAAUUGGAUACCUUGUUGCUGGCGCCAAGUUUGAUCAAAUGGACAGAUCAGACACAUCGGGCUUUGUUAGUGGGGGAAGUAGCAUAUCUAAAUAUUUUCUACCUGUUCAUUUGUUUUUUAUAUUUAUAUUCGCCAGUAGCUUGUUCUAGAAGCUGCUCGUUAGGGACCACUUGUUUCUCAUUAUUGUAGUCGACAGCUUCAGAUGAUGGAUUUGAACAAGAAUGGUGUACAGUUUUCUCAUAAUGUUAUCACAAUGAACGAAAACUUUGGGGAUACCACUCUAUGUUUGAACUGCCUCAGCUAUGAUGGAGGAAAUACCGGUAGAAUUGGAAGUAGCCAAAGCAACCAUCGGGUUGAUUUUUCUAAUGCUUCUAAUGACAGCUGUCAGUUGGUUCUUGGUUUGGGUCCAACACCUUGUGCAAAUGGUGAUGAUUACUUUAGUAUUGGGGUUAGCAAGAAUAAAGAAUCGGCUACUAUGUUUCGGCAGGGGUUGUCAACUGAGGGUGAUUCAACUCUAAAACUUGGACUACCUGGAGCAACUAAGGAAGCUACAAAUGGGCUUGAUUGUUCACUUUUGACAGAAACUGAUAGUAUUAGUUUACCUCUUUGGAACAAAGCUUCUGCAAAUGAUAAUAGACUUCUUAUUCCUGUUGUUGAUGAAGGGUCUACUUCAGCCAAGAAAUCUGGUGGCUAUAUGCCAUCACUUCUCUUGGCUCCAAGAAUGGAAAGUGGGAAAGUUUCUUCACAAACACAAGAAAUUGUAGAGUUUGGCUCCAAGUCCCGAUACUAUCAGUCACAGUUGAGCCAUGAACCAUCUGCUACCACAGAUUUCUCAGUCGGCACCAUCUCUGAGCAAGCAACAACAGAGACAUCCUCAGAAUGCAGAAUGAGCAAUCAAAAGAAAUGCAAGUUUGCUGGUUGUACAAAGGGGGCAAGAGGAGCAACUGGUCUCUGUAUUGGGCAUGGGGGCGGACAUAGAUGCCUAAAACCAGGAUGUAACAAGGGUGCUGAGAGCCGAACUGCAUUUUGUAAGGCCCAUGGUGGAGGAAGGAGGUGUGAGCACUUGGGAUGCACUAAAAGUGCAGAGGGGAAAACAGAUUUUUGCAUAGCACAUGGUGGUGGCAGGCGAUGUGGGUUUACAGGAGGCUGCAUAAAGGCUGCACGAGGGAAGUCAGGGCUUUGCAUUAAACAUGGUGGGGGGAAGAGGUGCAAAGUAGAAGGCUGCACCCGCAGUGCUGAAGGGCAGGCGGGCUUGUGCAUAUCCCAUGGUGGAGGGCGGCGUUGUCAGUUCCUUAGAUGUACAAAGGGUGCUCAGGGUAGUACCAUGUUCUGCAAAGCUCAUGGUGGUGGAAAGCGUUGCAUUUUUGCUGGAUGCACCAAAGGUGCUGAAGGGAGCACUCCGUUGUGCAAGGGACAUGGUGGGGGGAAACGUUGCCUCUUUGAUGGUGGUGGGAUUUGUCCAAAAAGUGUUCAUGGAGGAACAAAUUUCUGUGUCGCCCAUGGUGGUGGAAAGAGGUGCGUUGUGACUGGUUGCACAAAGAGUGCACGUGGUCGCACUGAUCGUUGUGUUAGGCAUGGUGGCGGGAAGCGCUGCAAGUUUGAGAACUGUGGGAAGAGUGCCCAAGGUAGCACUGACUUUUGCAAGGCCCAUGGUGGGGGAAAGCGAUGCUCCUGGGGAGGGGGAAAAUGUGAGAAAUUUGCCAGGGGUAAGAGUGGUCUAUGUGCAGCACACAGCAGCAUGCUUCAGGAGAGGGAGAACAAAGGCGGUUUGAUUGGUCCCGGACUUUUCCACGGUCUCAUGUCUGGUGCUUCAACUACAAGAAGUAGCAUUGAUAACAAUAAUUCUUCUUCUGGAGUCAGCGUUGCCUCCGACUGCAUUGAUUCGCAGGAAACACCAGCAAAAAGACAACAUCUCAUACCCCCACAGGUAUUGGUUCCUCUAUCGAUGAAAUCGUCAUCUUAUCCCGGUUUCUUGAGCACUGAGAAGCAAGAAGAAGUUAGAAGACGCUAUGGCACUGGUGUUGGUGGCAGUGGCGGGGCAAACAACUUCGACUAUACAAUUCCCGAGGGGAGGGUCCAUGGUGGUGGCCUCAUGUCAUUAUUUGGUGGGAAUUUGAAGAAUGCAAUGGACAGAAUUUGAAUUUGAAUUACAAUUCCAAUUUAUCAGCUUGUAUAUAAAUUUAGUUUCGGGUAGUGGGGCGAUUCAUGGGUGAUGAAAUUGUGUAUAAAGGUUUGGUACUUGUUUAGUGUCAGCAUAUAUAACUUAAGCUUGUGUAUCUAAUUAGCAAGGGGUGUAUUUUAUUUUUAUGUGGAUAUUAUUCUUCUAGUUUUUGGAUUUGCGGUCAAUAAAGACUUGGUGAAGACAAUUCUUGGAAAA